CUCGCACCUCCACACCCUGCACAUUAGACCCCCCAAGAGACCCACACCCUAUGCAGAGUAUGGAGGCACCGGCUGUGGAGCUCGAGUAUGGGGCCAAGAUUGUGCUCGCCGGGCCGAAGCGUGCGGGCAAGUCGGCCAUAGCCAACGUGCUUGCGGAGAACGACAUGGACGUCGAGCUGGCCAUGCCGUACCACGCCACAGUGGGGGUGCGGAUUCUGGAGUUUGCACGGCUGCUGGACGAGCGGUCGUCGAUGGAGGUGCAGCUGUGGGACACGUCGGGCGACAUUGACGCCUACGUCUCGGCCAUGCCUGUGUACAUGCGCGACGCCGUCGGCGUCAUCCUCGUUCUGGACCCGGCGAUGAAGAAGACUGACAUGGAUGCGUGGUUCACUACCUUUGUGGAGGACUACAUGCUCGAAGACCGCCAGGUUCUCGUCCUCCUGCACAUGGGCCCGCCCGGGACUACUCUGCCGUCGGGCGCCACCCCGCGCUCGCUGCUCCCGCGCCGCAUGGCCGGCCUCAACGCCAUCAUCUCGACCCUCGAGUCCGACGAGGCCCGCGACGACGUCCAAGACGCCUUUGAGGAUCUGCUGCGCAACGUUGCAGACGUCCUCGAUGACAUGCAAGCCGAGGAAGAGUCGCGUAUCAUCCAGAGCCAGCAGGGCGGUGCGUGAGCCGUCUCUGCCACACCGCACGGUGCUGCCAUUACGCAGCACCCGCUCCCCUCGCGGCAGCGUCAUCCGUCACGCGUUCUGGCCUCCUGCGCCGGAUCGCGGGCGUUCCGCUUCGGCGUUGCCCACCCGCGGCGGCUCCGCCCCGGGCUCGGCAAGCAUGCACUGCAGGAAGGCCUUGCCCGGCGCCACCAUGUGCGGCGGAAAAGAUUGAAAGAUCGAAUGCAGAAAGUCCUCCAGG